AUGCCUUCAGCCCGCGACGCCGCCUCCGAGGUCCCGGACAUGAACCUCUAUAAACUGGGCCGAGUUCACAGCACACUUGAAGGUUUGAAAAACAAGCCAGAAUGGACAGCGGAUGACACAAAAUCUUUUGACUGCAUGCACUACCUGGGCGAUGCAGCAAUUGAUAACGCUGCCAAAGAGCUGGGACUCAAAGCCGGCGAGAGGGUACUCGAUAUCGGGUCCGGCUUCGGUGGAACAGGCAGAUAUCUGUAUCGACAUUACGGUGUUGCAACUACCGGGAUUGAAUUACAAAAGGACAUUCACGAGAUUGCGCAAACUAUCAACAAGAGAUCCGGGGCCGGUGACAGGGCAACAUCAUUCAAUGGCAACUUCCUUGAGCUCGACCCCAGCCUCAUGGGUGCACCGGUGAACCACAUCGUCUCUUUCCUCUGCAUCCUGCACGUUCCAGAGCGAGUGGUCCUUUUUAAGAAAGCUUGCGAUGUCCUGGAGCCGGGCGGGAAGUUAUACAUUGAAGAUUUCUUUGCGCGAGCGCCUCUCGAUGGUAACACUCUUGAGACUCUCAGAAGUUCGGUCUCAUGUCCUUAUUUGCCCGACAAGAGUCACUAUAUGCAAGAGCUCGAGGCAGCCGGCUUCGAGAUUAUCAACUGGGUGGAUAUGUCAACCACCUGGACGGAGUUUGUUCAUCAUCGUGCUGGAGAAUACAAAAAGGAUCCUUCUGUAGAUGCUGAUCUGACAGCGUUCUACGAUGCUGUAGAUGCAGUGUUUACAGGAGGCCAGGUCGGCGGAGCCAGGGUCACCUGUCAAAAGAAAUGA